AUGGCCUCACGAAGCUCGCGUGGGCGCCCCUCGACAUCACUCACAUCAGCUUCAACCUCGUAUCCCUCCUAUCUGUACGCUGACAAUACAGGCACGACUUCUCGUCCGAGGACUAGUCGCAGGAGCAAUGGUCGACCCGGAACUGGACGCCCAAGAACUGGCGCCUCAACUAUUGCUAGAGUCGAGGCCCAGCAAGUUGUUUGUGCUGUGAGCGAGUCUCGUGGCAUCUCCCCGACGGUUGGCCUUGCAUUCGUCAAUCUCGACACCGGAGAGGCAGUAUUGUGCCAAAUUUGCGACAGUCAAACUUACGUGAGAACGAUCCACAAGCUGAGAGUCUACGGCCCUUCUGAGAUAUUGAUUGUGACUACGGCGGCUAGUCCCAAGUCAAAGCUCUUCUCAAUCAUCGAGGAGAAUCUGGAAGUCCUCGACAGCAAGAUAACUCUUCUGGAUCGUCGGUACUGGGCUGAAUCAACUGGCUUGGAGUACAUUCAGCAGCUUGCUUUCAAGGAAGAUGUUGAGGCUAUCAAGAUUUCCGUCGGAGGCAACUAUUUCGCAGUUUGCUGUACUGCAGCCGUUCUCAAGUACAUCGAGCUUGGACUCACGAAGACAUUUCCCUAUCACUCUCUCAGAAUCAAGUAUGAACCCUCAGAAGGUUCCAUGAUGAUCGACGUAUCCACCAUAUAUGCUCUUGAACUAAUUCAAAAUCUUCAAACGCCGAAAUCUCGAGACUGCCUCUUCGGCCUGCUUAACGAGACAUUGACGCCGAUGGGAUCGAGGCUCCUCCGCAGCAACAUCCUCCAACCACUAACGGACCCAGAGACACUCAACACUCGCUAUGAUGCAUUGGAAGAGCUGACAACGAAAGAGGAGAUGUUCUACUCUACGAAAGCUGCACUGAAAUCGUUCCUCGAUGCUGACAAGAUAUUGACUGCCCUUAUCAUCAUCCCGAAAGAACCGAAUCUACAGCAUACUGAGCAAUCGGUCAACAAUAUCAUCAUGCUCAAGCAGUUCGUCAACUCGGUCAAUCCCAUCUACGAGGCCUUGACUGGAGCCAGGUGCACUAUGCUGGUCAACAUACGCGAGCUCUGUGCUCCCGAAAAUGUUCUUCAGGUUCAGCGCCUCGUUGAUGCCGUAAUCAACGAAAAUACGACAUAUGCAGGUCAGCCACUCGAGCUAAGGAAUCAACGCACGUACGCUGUUAAGUCGGGCGUUAAUGGACUUCUCGAUGUUGCCCGAACUACAUACAAGGAAGCCAUGGAAGACGCUUACCAGCACUCUACAGAGUUGAGCGAGGAGUACGAUCUCCCCCUUGAACUCAAAUACGACAACGCUCGCCAAUUUUACAUCCGGAUCGCAGCUUCUGAGCUCGAGCAGCGCCCUUUGCCGCCAGUGUUCACCAACGUCUUUCGCAAGAAGAACAUGUUUGAAUGCGACGAAGCUGUUCAAGAUCUAAUAACGGCGGUUCGAGAGCAGAUGUCAAUCCUCUUCAAAAUAUGUGAGAGUAUUGCAAUGCUGGAUAUGGUUUCGUCCUUUGCUCACACAGCUACAAGCCAAGACUAUGUUCGUCCUCAGAUUACUGACACGUUGGCAAUCAAAUCUGGUCGCCAUCCAAUUCGGGAAAAACUUCAACAUACCAAAUUCAUCCCUAACGACGUCUAUGCUACUCAGCAGACAAGAUUUCAGGUUAUUACAGGCUGCAAUAUGAGUGGGAAGAGCACCUACAUUCGAUCGAUCGCUCUCAUGGCCGUCAUGGCACAAAUAGGAAGCUUUGUUCCGGCACAAUACGCUUCAUUCCCGAUCCUGCAUCAGCUUUUCGCUCGAGUCUCCAUGGACGACAGCAUCGAAGCCAAUGUGUCCACAUUUGCUGCUGAGAUGAGAGAGACUGCUUUCAUUCUACGCAACAUUGAUCGCCGAAGCAUGGCUAUCAUCGAUGAACUUGGUCGAGGCACUAGUACGAGAGACGGCAUCGCUAUUGCUCUAGCUAUUGCAGAGGCUCUUGUUGAGAGCAGAGCAUUGGUAUGGUUUGCGACACACUUUCGCGAUCUAGCUACGAUCAUGGCAGAGCGGAACGGAGUCAUAAGCCUGCACCUUGCCGUUGAGAUUACCGAGAACGAUGCAAUGACAAUGCUCUACAAAAUAGCCGAAGGUGCUGUCCAAGAAUCCCACUACGGCCUUGCUCUCGCUCGCGUCGUACCUCUUCCACUGGGAGUCCUCGAACACGCCGAAGUCGUCGCGCAGAAGCUCGAGAAUAACAUCCUCAGGCGCAAGAAAACCUCCGCCGCUGUCAUCCGCGAGCGACGCCGUAAGCUGAUCCUUAACCUUAAGGAGCAUCUCGUCCAGGCUCAGAACGGAACUAUGCAAGGCGAUGUUCUGGCGGCGUGGUUGAAGGAACUCCAGAGGGAAUUUGUAGUCAGGAUGACGGCGAUUGAUGAGCAGGCGGCACAGGCCGAGACAGAAGAGGACAGCGAGGAUGAGGGACGGCCUGGUAGUCACGAUGGGGAGAGCGCUCAGAGGGAACGGUCGGUCAUCACGGUGGAAGAGGAAAGUGAGACGGUGUCCACGGGCGAAACGAUGUCGGAGUGAACUACGCUAUUGAAGAUGGUGGCUGUUCGGGCCCGUCUCAGCGCUUUGGGGAGUAUUCUUCUUUGGAGGCCCGCCACGAGAGGUUCUGCAGUUAUUGUCGAUUGACUGAUUUCGUUUCGCAUGACCCCUCUUCGAGGCGUGGCGUGUUGUUGCUGUGGGUAAGGGGUGCUGAUGCUGACGAUCCAGGCGUCGAGGAUUUGUCUUUUUGCUUUCUCAAAUCCUAUCUGGUAUGGUACUAUAUUACAGUAAUUUAAGCCCAGAAUCUAAAAUCUCAACACUUAUCCGCUGAGUUCAUGAGUUGAGCUAGCCAUUUAGGAGGCGGUGGUUUGCAAGAUCUCUUGUAG